AUGUACAGGGGCCAACCCAAUCAAAGUGGAGCCGCGUCGUAUCCGAGUCCCUCAGCUCGGUCGGCUGCUUUGUCUAGAGCAGCUGAUUCCGAUCAGGGAAGCAUGAACAGUCAGCAAAGCGGCGGAAGCAGCAGCGGGCGCUCCUACUCCUCUGGCAGCGGCAGCGGUGGUCGUCGGGAACGCGAGGCGGAUACAUCACCAGCAUCCUCCUACACUCACAGCAGCCCUUCAUCUUCUUCUGCGUCAUGGAUCAAGCAAGGAGCGGUGGGCUCACCUUUGGACGCUCUUGUGCAAGGCAUGAAGAGCGGAGCAGAUCCUGACGCCCCACUUCCUGCUCAGCAACCUGCAAGUCGAUCUCAAAUCUACAAUCGCGCCUUUGCGCUCUCCAGGAGCACCUCGAUCAAACGCGCACCACCGCAAGUGGACGAGAGAGAUACACUUGAGCAAGGCUCGUAUCGCCAAGCUCAACAAAGGGAUACUGUGCGCAGUGAGGAGGAACGGAGAAGAGAGGAGGUGAGACGUCAGAGGGCGGCGAGACUGAGCAGCCAAAGCUUGGCGGAUCGAUCAGAGCAGCCAAGCACCACAUCUGCUCGUGCGAUAGCAGAAGAAGACGAGGACGAUUACGGGCCUCGACGAUUCGCUAGCGGCCCGCAACAACAAGCGCGGCAGAGGGAAAGCUCGCAGCUGUUGAGCAGCAACGCAUUUCGAAGCUCCAUGUCAUCAGAUGCCAGCUUCAACACCAUCACAGGCGAUAACGACCGAUCUUCUAUCAUGGGCCAGCUUUGGAGCACGGGUGGCGUGGAUGAUGAGGUAGCAAGUGCGGUUCGAGGCUUGGCAUUGCAACGCAGAGGAAGCAUAGACACGGUGCGGUCAAGCGAAUUUGGCGAGAAUGGAAGGUGGGGAAAGGCUUGGGCGAACAAGGUGGAUGACGAAGAGAGUCUGUACGGGGAUAGCGAAUGGGGCGGCAGAGAUGACGGAGAUGAUGACGUGGAUGACGAAGUGGCUGCACAAGGAGCAAUCACAGGCACACAAUCUCGGAAUGCUGCCAGCACCAAUGCGAAGUAUGGAGGUCAUUUGGGGACUUUGGAGCGCAGUCUAGCAUCAGGUCAGCAUUUGGAGGGCUACAAUGGCACACAAGCGCAGCACAUCGGUGGCCUUGAGCUCAAGGCUGCACCAGGUCGCUCUGCCCAACCCAGUCAUGACGCUGCUUUGCUCCAACCAAAUGCGCGCACCUACCAUCAACAACAUCAUACAGCAUUCGACCAAGCCGAUGUGCCGAUUCAGCCUUCAAUGAGUCGGCAGCAUGUCGUCUCGCUAACGCCGACCAUUAGAGGCUCACCUUCGAAUUAUGCGCCAAGCCGGAGAGAUACUCUGCGCAGCAUUGCACCAGAGCUUGACGACGUUGACGCUCAGGCCCAGGCAGCAGGCGACGAUGAUGAUCUCAAGACGCCGAUGCUUUCCGGUCAGAAUGGGCCCACGUAUCGGUCCGGUCAAGCCAACACGCGGGAUUCGAUGGCAUCCAUCGCAUCUGUCAGCACUAUUACCCCAAACAGCGUUGGAAGUGGUAGCAGUAGUGGUGGAAGCGAUGCGUCGGGACCGAAUGGCGCGCACGUCUUCGUUUGGCCGCCGACGCCAUCAGCAUCAGUCUCGAGCCACGAGGGUGUGGCCGGAGCGUCCUCGUCAGGUCAAGGUGUUCCCCAGGGCGGCAUGUCCCCGAUGAGCGCAGUCGUGGAGACUGUCCCUGUUGCUGAGCAAAGCUGGACCCUGCCCUCGCAGCAACAGCUGCAACGUGUGCCAGUUGGUCCUUCUGCAAUCUUGGCCAGAGGACUCGACUCGCCCAUUCUCAGUGCCGAUGGCCACCGCCGAUCGUCGGGUGGCCGAAUCUCGAGUGGACGAGCCACGCAUGGUCAUCCUGCUGGCCGAAUGCCGCCGCCCGCUCCUCGCGACGACACCCCAGGAUAUUCAGAUCCCAACGCCCCUUCGCCAUACAUGCCAGCGAUCGGCAAGAUGCGAGCUCAAGCAAUCAAGAACGCAGACGGCAGGGAAAGCUUGGUAUCGGAUCUCGAUGUCGAGACGCUCCGGCUUGAAAACAGCACGCGCAGGGACAGCUCUAGUACGCUUGCAAGCAGCCGCAUGAGCGUGGGCACGGUCUUGUAUGAGCCUGGUGAUGGACCACAAGAUCAAUCAAACAGGCGAGAGAGUCUAGAGAGCAUGUACUCAAGACGUUCGCACCACUCGGGCGGCCUGUCGUCGAUCGAGCAGCAACCGAACGGAUUGCCUUCUGCAGCGCCUCGGCAAGACGGUCAGGCUGCGCAACUUGCUCAGAUCCGCUCGCACUUUGACGAACAGCCGCCACGUAGAGCUGAGAACGGCACCGCGCCUCAAUCUGGAGAAAGAUGGGCGCAGCAAGACGACCUGCACCGCAGCAAUGUGCAGACCAGUCGUUGGCCUCCUCAAGGUGAUGCUGGCUACAAUUCGGCCGAAAUGCGAGGUCAGCUCCAGAACAGGUCUUCGCAAUCUCAACUUCAUCCAAGUCAGAGUCAGAAUCAGCGGCCUCCAUCGUUGCAAUCGAAGCCAUCAUCGGUAUCCAUCGCAACAACGCCUUCGGCUCGAGGGCUGGGCGCGUCGCUUGGAUCAGUCGCGCCCGGGCCGGCAGGACCUCUUCGAGCAGAUACGCGCACAGGCCCGACAGCAGCCGAAGAGUUUCUCUCGCAAGGAAUCAGCUACCACGAAUCUGGAGAUCUCGCCCGCUCGGCGUAUUACUUUGAGAGGUCUGCCAGAGUGGAGGGUGGUUGCGUUGUUGGCAUGUGCAUGUGGGGCAUGGCUUUGCGCGAAGGCUGGGGCGCUAGAAAGGAUCCCAGAAAGGGCUUCGAGUGGAUCAGCCGAGCUGCGGCUAGAGCGGGCGAGAUGAUGAGCACUGGUGCGAGUAGCGGACAGAAGACUGAAGCGGAACUUCGAGCCAUCAGGUCCGAGCUCAAGCUCUCAGUCUACGAGCUAGGAAAGUGCUUUUGCUACGGCUGGGGUGUCAAGAUGGACAAACGCAUGGCGCUCGAAUACUUUGAGCUGGCCGCCAAGCUUGGAGAUGCUGACUCUCAAGCAGAAGCUGGCGCACUUCUGGCUGCGGGCAAGGGAGGCUGCAAGAAGGACCUCAAGAAAGCUGCCAAGUAUUACCGCAUGGCGCCCAAGGGUACGAUACCGUCGGCAUGUCCUGGAUCCACAAAGUGA